CCCGUCCCCUUGAUGUCAACGAGCAUUUCAUCAGCGCCAGCUCGAAACUUGGGCAUGGCCGCUUUGGAACGAGACCACGGCGUCCUAUAUUAGCCGCCGAACUUCGUCCUCUUUUCCUCUUCCCUUUCCCCCGCGCGCGACGAGCGAUAUCAAGCGCUACGGCCUUCAUCGUGCGCUCGAACGCGCCUGAGCGCCUGUUUUCUUUCUUCGUUGCCCGCGCGCGAUGGCGUCGGCCGUGCGGCUCGACGAGUACGCGACGCUGUACAAGGGCAACCUCGUACCAUUGCACGCGUGCCUCGUGGGGCUUGCGUGGGUCGUAUAUGAUUAUCUCCUGACACUGGGAGAUGAGGUACGGCUCAUGUGGCCCCUACGAUCGGGCUUCGCGAAAUGGUCGUAUUUCUGGAUCCGGUACUACACAAUCGCAGUCCUCGCAUUCGACGUGAUACAGAUCCACACAUUCGCCAUUCCCGGUAUUACUUCCGAUUCUGUAUGUGUGGCGAUGGAUGCGAUCACGAGGAUCGUUGGCGCUAUCUUGCUCUGGUCUGUCGAGAUCAUCAUGCAACUGCGUGUCUAUGCGUUAUACCGGUGUUGUAGAGGGGUCGCAGUUUUCAACGGAAUUCUCUUUCUUGCAUCGGUCGGCGGCUUCCUCUACGUCUUGAUUACAAAUACGAUGAAGCGUCACGACUUGAUUGCGCGUGCGGAGCACCUUGACCUUCCUGGUUGUCCGGUCAUCCACUCCAUAAGCGAGUGGCCCUUGUGGCUUCCGGCAACUAUUUUCGAAGUCGUUCUCUUUUCGUUUGCACUUGCAGCGUCGCUGCGGACGGUUAUGUCAGAUAGACAUGAUUAUUCUUUACGCCGCACUCUCAUUCGAGAUAACCUCACUUGGUUCUUUGGAGUUUUCGUCCUUCUGGUCCUCAAUCAGCUGAUGGUCGCCGGCGUCACUCACAUUCCGUGGUUUAGCUAUUCCCCCUUUCACGCCGCCGUCGGCGUCCUCACUUCCCGCAUCCUCCUCAACAUGCGCGAUAACAACACCGACAGCGUCUCCUUCCUCCGCAACGUCGUCGCGCCGCACGCCGUGCCCUCCGAGCACGCCGACCUCCCGCCCAUGCGCUUCAGCGGCGGCGGGCGCAGCAAGCUCACCGCGCUCACCGGCGAUGUCCGCUUCACCCUCGACCGCGACACUACCCUUGUCGGCGACGCGGAGAUGAUGGAGCUCGGGAAGCAGUCGUUGCAGCUGCACCACCAGUCUCUGCAACUACACCGCGUGCCGUCGAUGUACCGGGACUCGAUGUACACGCACGGGCGUGGCGGCGGCGGGUCGACGGGCUCCAUAUCUCUCGACCUGGAAUUUGCGCCGAAUCCGGACGCUCCACCUCAGCCCCCGCAACCCGUGCCGCCAUUAGAAGAGGGCGCUGGCCAUGAUCACCAGUACGAGGACGCCCAUGUAUCACUAGCACUCCGCCCGAUGGCGGUAUAAAUUAUUCCAUUGUACGAGUACGUCCUAUACACUUUGAUCCCGUUUUGGUUCCGCUGGCAGUCUCUAUUGACGGGGAAGCCACGGAACGUG